UGACUAUGUUCCAAACCCCCCGUGAAAGGAAAAUCCUGGCGUGUCAGGCCUGCCGCGUGCACAAGCAGGGCUGUGACCGGCAGAAGCCCCGAUGCUCGCGGUGUAGCAAUCUCGGUCGCCAGUGCGUCUAUCAGCGUCAACCGGAUACCGUUGACGGUCCGAUUCAGGAAUGUGCACUAAAUGGGAGUGUCGAGUGCCGUGCGCCGACAGUCCAGGUCAGUUUCCUGCUUCUUAGCUACCUCGUAUUCCAUCUGAUAUCGUCUAGUACGAAGUAUUACCGACAAACUGCCAGCGAGAGUGUGACAACCGCAUCAGGACUCGCACCAGACACAGAUACCCAGUAUCCUGUGCCCGCUGUCGCCGUCUUAAAGUCAGAUGUGAUCGCGAGUACCCCUGCGGGCGCUGUUCACGAACUGGAAAGCAGGAUGAAUGCGAUUACAGCCACCACAGCAAGACCAGUAGACAGUCCCCAGAAGGGUCCAGCAAUUCCGGCCAAUCCCCAUGGCACUCGCGGUUCCUGACCCGGUCCCAUUGGGCACUGUUAGUUGAAGAUAUCCGCGAGUUGACGAUGCCUCACUCUGUACAUCCAACCAUGUCUGCUGAUGAAGAAAUGACACUAGCCGG